AUGGCUGGUUUUAAGAAUUUCGUCAUGUUCGUGGUUCUUCAUUUGCUAACGGCAAUGGCCAUGGCCAUAGAUACUACAUGGUAUUAUGGUCGUGCCACAUUUUAUGGUGACAUGAAGGGAGGCGAGACCAUGCAGGGAGCUUGUGGGUAUGGAGAUCUCUUCAAGCAAGGAUAUGGGCUUAAGACAGCAGCUCUAAGCACAGCCCUCUUCAACCACGGAUUAACAUGUGGUGCUUGUUUUGAGAUAAUGUGCGUGAAUGAUCCCCAAUGGUGCAUACCAAAUGCAGGCACCAUCAAGAUUACAGCCACCAAUUUUUGCCCUCCAAACUACACCAAAAAGACUGAUAUUUGGUGCAACCCUCCACAGAAGCACUUUGAUUUAUCCAUGGCAAUGUUUGUGAAACUUGCUAACUACAAAGCUGGGGUCAUCCCUGUUCGAUAUCGCAGAGUCUUGUGUUCCAAACAAGGAGGAGUCAAGUUUGAGAUCAAAGGAAACAGAUAUUGGACACUGGUUACAGUGUACAAUGUUGGUGGUGCUGGUGAUGUUACCAAUGUUAAAAUCAAGGGGUCUAAAUCAGGUUGGCAGCAAAUGAGGCGCAAUUGGGGCCAAAAUUGGCAGAUUGGAGGUGCCUUAGUAGGGCAAAGUUUGUCAUUCCAAGUCACUAUUAGUGAUGGGAAGAUGGUGCAAUUCAAUAAUGCUGCCCCGGUUAAUUGGCGCUUUGGCCAAACUUACGAUGGUAGAAUAAAUUUCUAG